GGAGACCACGACUUCCGGAAGUGCCCGGGACCAACCUUCCCCCGGCCUCUUCUCGCUUUUUCUGGCCAUGGCCUAAAUCUAGUGUCUCCAGAGGGGCACUGGUUAACGUCCCGGCCCAGUCUUCUCCGUUACAGGUCUUUCCCUCACGCCUCCUACCAGCCAGAACCUAGGCGGACGGGCCCUGAAUGAGGCGGAACCUUUUUGGGGGACGGCUGCCCUUGUGGAGGCUCCUUCCGGCCCGGUUCUCGGCUCUUUCCGCCUCGUCGCGGUCUUCGGGCUUCGGCUGUUUCCGGAGCCAGUUCGUCCUCUCGCUGGCUCGCUAGCUCGUAGCUGCCGGCGACGAGCUGCGGAGUAGCUGGGCUGGGCUGCAGAUGUCGGACUCUCUGCUCACCUCGGGUUCUGGGUUCUUGAACCCCGCCGGCGACGGCUUAGAGGCUGGAGCCGGAGCUGGGGACUGUCCGGCUCCCGCCGCAGAAAAUGAGGAUCCAGACCACAGAGCCAGUGAUAUUGCUUCCCCAGUGAUGAGUGCCUCUGAUCAGGAGCCUUCAUCCUCACCUGGCAGGCCACAGAUUGUAUCUUCUGUGACUGAGGAUGUAGCUGAAAAUCCGGGAAAAGGCGAUGGUGCUUUGGAGCAGCAGGCUUUGGUGGGUCAGGAAACACUGUCAGGAGACCAACUUCUUAAAGAGGAAUCUGUUGUUCGGAUGAACAAGUACCAAGCACCAAAAGGAUCGGGAGACGUGGUUAUGAUCCAGUCAGACACAGGAGACGCAGGAACUAUGGAUGUCCUUUCAACUGAUUUGGAGUCUGCAGAUCUCCUUGGAGAACAGAGAAGAGUCUCAACACCUCCUCUGUCUCCUCCGUCCAUAUGGACCUUUGCCAAGAUGAAGGAAUUCAAAACCAAGAUGAGCAAGGUGAAGAAUUCUCGGCUGGUGGUGAAGCGGGGUGAGGUAGUAACAGUACGUGUACCCACCCACCCUGACGGGAAGCGUCUCUUUUGGGAAUUUGCCACUGAUAAUUAUGACAUUGGCUUUGGUGUCUAUUUUGACUGGACCCCUGUAACCAGCACAGCUGUCACUGUGCAUGUCAGUGAGUCCAGUGAUGAAGAUGAGGAUGAUGAAGAGGACGGGGAAGGAGGGAUUGAAGGACUUGUCCCAAUUGGAGAUGUGGAGAUGGGCUCCAAGAGCUCUCUGCGGAAUCGUUAUGGGGAGAUCAUGCCAGUUUAUCGGAGAGACAGCCAUCGAGAUGUGCAGGCUGGUUGUCAUGACUACCCAGGAGAAGGCAUCUACCUGCUUAAAUUUGACAAUUCCUACUCACUGCUACGUAAUAAGACUCUGUACUACCAUGUAUAUUACACCGGCUGAGGGGCUGAGGCCACAGGUCUGCUGGGCAAAGGGGGAUUUUCUUUUCUGACACCUUUUGCUUUCUAUGGACAACCUGCUUAAAUGCUGAGUGUGAGGCUUCUGGAGUUUGCACUUGCCUGCCUGGCAUGCCUGCCUGUUGACCUAAGAAUAGCUUCUUCCCCUUCCACCACUUUUACAGGUUACACCUGGACAGUUUCUCCUGAUAGAAACUUCAGGGAUAACACUCUGUGAAGUCAUCAGGCAAGAGCCUAAAAGGAAGUGGGAUGUUGUCUUUUUGUCUCUUUUUUGCUUUGUUCAAGGUAUGCCACUGAGCUGGGGGUGGCUGCCCUUCCUCUUCUUCUCCCCAAACGCUUAGGCCAUUUAUGGCACUUGCCAGCCUCCUUGGUUUUAUAAAUUUGUGAAAUGGGCCCCUACCCUCUUCACCUGUGGAAGGGGAAAGCUCAUAUUUAUAAAAAGAAACUGAGAUGCUAAAGAAAAAGAAUUCUUCUUCCCAGGCUCUUUCCACUGCCACGUUCCUACUCUGUUCUUUGUUGUUAGCCUAGCCCUGGCUCUUCUAUUUGAAGAGGCCUUACUGCCCUUUGAGGACUAUGCCUUGUUCCUUGUGGUGAGUCCUCAGCUGCUAAGUCUGUGUACUUGCUACCAAUGCAAAGAUUUUUUUUAUGUAAUUUCUAAGAUCCAAUGUAUUUUUAGAGUCUCUUGAAAAGAAAAGAUUCCCCACCACUUCCUUUGUCAAUAAGCAGUCACCCUAACCCAGGGCCACUGCAACAGAAAGAGAAAAGUGGUUAGAUAUGGUAAGAAGUGGUGAUCAGGCACCAAAUGACUCUUUUACCAUCCUAGAACAUACUUUCCUGACACUGAAGCUGGCUCUAUCUUCGUAUGAAGAAGAAUGUAGUCCGGUUAUCAUAAACAACCCAAGCUACCCCAUCCCCUCUUUGUUACUAUAAUGUGAAUGUUGCUAGAGAAUUUGCUUUAGAACCAAAUGCAGUGAAAUCCAUUCAGGUAAUUCUCUUUGUAGUGUUUUCCUACCUGUUAACGACUCAUGCAAAAAGCUCACCAGUUUAGAGUUUUCUGGAGUCUCUGCUUACCAUCUUUGAUCCUCUUAAGUCUUUUAGGGAAAGAUGAUAAUGGAGCUCUACGGUUGCUGCUCGUUUUGCUACUUGUUCAUUUCCCUGCCAAAUCCUGUUUCCCUGGUGAUAGUCUCCCUCCCGUUCCGCCUCCCCACACAAUUAACCUUAAAUCCUAGGAGUGCCACAGGGUAUCAGGUGGUGCUUUUAGCUGUUGCCAGAGCAACUUGGUACUUAGGCAGAGAAAGGACAGAAGAACUGGGAUUUGUCUGUUGCCUUUACGUCCUUUUCCCCUUAUUCCUUUUGUCAAUUCUGUUAGUGUCUUAGGAUUGUAAGGAGUAAAAAAAUUUAUUUAUUAAGUUAUUUAUUUUUAAAAUGCAUUUCAGUUCACCUUUGAAAUAAAUUUCACCUGUCACUCUAGAAACUUGCCUUUUGUUCUGAGCCAUUUGGGCAGCCUUUUCCAUAGAGUUAAAAAUGAUGCCAUGGUCUUGCUGUCAGGUCCGUGGCCUUUCAGAGAGAGAGGAAGAUAAACCUACUACUCGUAUAGGGAAUAUGCAGUGCUCUGUUUCCUUCAAAGAAAACUCAGCCUUUGAAGGAACAUGUCUCUUUGUAAGGAAUCAAAUAUACCAAGAUUGACAGGCUAAUCAGAGUUUUCAUUGUAUCCAGGAUUGCAGAAGUCCUUUGCACACCUUCAGGUAUCAGGAUGGUCCUUCUCCAUGCUCUCCUUUGGCUUUUUCCUUAGUCUCUCAUGUAGUUUGUGUGCCUGACUCAUCAAAAAUCCAUCCUUCCCUACUGGAAAAAUAACCUGAGGUAUAUAUUCUUUUCAUGGUGGGUUAGUAACAUCAUCAUUGUAUAUGAAGGACAUGAUAACAUCAUGUGCCUUUGGUUCCUCCUGGGAACAACCCCACCCUGAUAAUUUUAUAUGUGGUGGAAGGCCAUAAUAUGAUUCUUCUCAAAGCUGCAUCAUGCCCUACUUUAUCUGUCAGUGACUGCAUUUUGCAGAGAUCUAAGUGUGUCUCUGGUGACAAAUGAAGUAUACGAAUGACUGCCCUUUCCUAGCAGAGGACGGCACUUUCUGCAGUGGGCAGUUGGUCAGAUGGCGAGAAUGAUCAGUUUACUCGUGACUGAACCUAAGUUGGUAUGCCUUAACCGUGUAAAGAUUGUCUUCUAAGACUUAGUGGAUCCUGAAUGGUUUCCCAUUUGGCUGAUGUCUUAUUUGCUUUAUUUGUUUAUCAUUUUCUUCUAGCAGUGAACCUUUGAGACAAAGAGCAGCCUCCUUAGCUUAGGUUAGCACAUAUUUCUUUGCUAUAAAGAACUCUGCCCUUCAUUUUCUUUGGAUACUGUUGUGUUAGGGAUACCUAGGGGGCAUUAUGUUCCCAUAACCUCUUUGUUCCUGUUCCUGCCAUGCCCACUGCUAGAAUUACCUUGUUAUACCUCAUUCCAUUCUAAUGUUAUACUAAACAACCUGAGUUGUAUUUUCCCAUCAGCCCAAAAUAGCUUAAGAUGAAGUAUUUUCACUUUCUGCUACAAAAAUUCUUGUGUCAUAUUUCUAAAUUGUAGAUCAUUCAAGAGUGAGGAAAAGGUGUUACUUGGAAUUUCAGCAUCCUAGACAACUUCUGAGAGCUGCUGUAGCCCCACCGAACUCACUGAACCAAAAUACAAAGAAAAAAAAGAUUUUACUUUUUCUCCUCCUUCAUCUCUCUCCAAAAACUAAAUUAAAAUUGUGGAAUCAAAGAAUCUAAAGGGUGGAGGGGUUUCCAGGGCCGACUAGUCUAGUUUGUAGCUGAUCAAGAGUCCUAUCUACAACCUCACUGAUAGGAAAUCACCAAAUUUUUGACUUCUGGGGCGGGGGAGCCCACUUUCUCCCCUUCGGCUACUUUUGGAUAAAGAGCUCUUAUUGCAAAGAAGUUUUUCUUUUCCAUCAAGUCUAAAUCUCUCUCUUUCUCCUUCUCUGUCUGCUUCUGCUACUGCCUGUUCUGUCCUCUUCCAUGUGAUUGUCCUUCAGAUAUUUGAAGACAACUAUCUUUUCUCUCCUUAAGCCUUCUUUUCUUUAGGCUAAACAUCUUCAGGUCCUUCAAUUUAUCUGGAACAGUUGAGGGAGAGUGAUUGUAGCCAAAGGAAGGAUUAUGCCUCUUGCCUUUUCUGGGGGUUGUGCCCAGUUGCUGCUGCAUGUUUUGCACCUGUCGAAAUUGUGCCACUGUAUGGCCGGAUGCGUUUAUGAGGACUUGGCCAAAAAUUCUCAUAGAAUCACAGGACUUACUUAAAGACCUACUUCCUCAUUUUAGAAGUGAAGAAACUGAAGCUCAUAGAAACAAAGGAAGUUUUAGAGUGUUGAUUUUUAAAUAGUAAGUUAAAAUCUUACCAGUGUCCAUCCCCUAAGAAAGUGUACCAUUGAUAAGCCAACACUGCAACAAAUGGCAUAUAGGAUGUGAUCUUCGUUAAUAUUUUUCAGUGGCCUUCUCUGACUAUCUUCCCCCCUCCCCAAUCCCUGUGGCCAUAAUUCCUGCUGUAUUAACCCUGAUACCUACAGCACGAUAAUAAUAGCUGAUACUUAAAUAAUGCUUUAAAGUUUGCAAAGCAUUUUAUGUAAAUUAUUUCUUUUGACCCUCACGAGGACCAUGUGAUUAUUAAUGAAGCUAACUCUGAAAGAACUUCAUUCCUAUCCCAGUUACCUAUUGACAUGUCUUCAGGAUUCUGAAGCAUAGUCCAACCCUGAGAUCAAAUAUACUUUAAAAAAUGAA